UGACACGUGUAUGUCUCUGCUUAAUUUCUUGAUUUUUCUCAAUUGAAUAAUUUGUCACAGUGCAUUUGAAAGUUAUGCUACAAUGGCUAGUGCCACAAAAUCUUUGCCUCAGAAAAAAUACUAUCGACAGCGGGCUCAUUCCAAUCCAAUAGCGGACCAUUGUAUUGAAUAUCCAGUGAAACCAGAUGCUAUGGAUUGGAGUCCCUUGUAUCCAAACUAUAUCCAAAAUUGUAAUAUAGAGAAUGGUGUCGAAAAGCUGACGAAACCUGUUCAAUUUGCAGAUAUUGGAUGUGGGUAUGGUGGAUUACUAGUCACAUUGUCAUCAAUGUUUCCUGAUAAUUUAAUUGUCGGAAUGGAGAUUAGGGUAAAAGUUUCAGAUUACGUUAUAGAUCGAAUAGAAGCCUUACGAUCUCAAAAUCCGGGACAGUACGGAAACAUCGCCUGUUUGCGAACCAAUGCUAUGAAAUAUUUGCCAAAUUAUUUUCACAAAGGUCAGCUGAAGAAAAUGUUUUUUCUAUACCCGGAUCCACAUUUUAAGAAAGCAAAACACAAGUGGCGUAUAAUCAAUAAGUCUCUUUUAGCAGAAUAUGCCUAUGUUUUAGCAGAAAAUGCUAUUGUUUAUACAAUGACUGAUGUCAAAGAUCUACACCAUUGGAUGGUUCAACAUUUAUCAGAACAUCCUUUAUUUGAGCGUGUUUCAGAAGAGCAAUUGAUUUCAGAUCCAAUCAUUGAAAAACUUUAUGAAAGUACAGAAGAGGGUCAAAAAGUCACACGAAACAAGGGUGACAAAUUCUUAGCAGUAUUUCGACGAAUUUCUGAUCCUCACUUAAUGAGUGAUAGGUAA